CAUCGCAGCGAACUACGAUACAGCCCCACAGCCCUAGCUCCACCGAUAAAACCCCACCUCCUCCCGUAACCCGCGCCUCCCUUCCCUUCUCCUCUCUUCCCCGAAAGAGAGGUCGCGGACGGAACCCUUCCACCCUCACCUCAUCCCACAACCUUCGAUUCCUUCACGAUCUUACCUCGCGCGCUCGCCGAUUCCUCGAUCGAGUCCCGCGCGAUUCGCUUUCUGGUCGGAUUCUCUCCCCCGAAGCAUGCAGCCGGACCAGCCUGUGAUCAGCUUGCGCCCCGGCGGCGGCGGCGGCCCGCGCGCCGGCCGCCUCUUCUCCCCCGCCUUCGCCACCUCCGUCUCUGGAGACUUCCUCCGCCCGCACGGCGGGGGCGCCUCCGGCAUCUCCAAGAUCGGAGAUUCACAUUUUGAGCCACGUGAGCGUGUUCGAUACACAAGAGAUCAACUUCUCGAGCUGCGUGAGAUUGUUGAUGUGUCUGAGGAAAUUUUAAGAAUCAAGCAAGAGAUUGAUGUAGAGCUUCAUGGUGAAGACCAGAGCUGGGUUCGCAAUGAUUCAACUGUUCAAGGACAAGCACAAGCUCAAACACAAGCACAGAAUCGCUAUGCUGAGACUGAUAGCCGUGAUUGGCGUGCACGGUCUGCACAGCUGACUCCGACUAAUGAAGAAAAAUCUUGGGACAACAUAAGGGAGGCUAAAGAAGCCUAUGCCUCUAGCGGUAGGCAGCAAGAGCAAGCUAACAGGCAAGAUCAGUUAAGCUCCCAGUUUGCUUCGAAAGCUCAGGUUGGCCCUACCCCUGCUCUUAUUAAGGCUGAAGUGCCCUGGUCAGCCCGAAGAGGCAAUCUCUCGGAGAAAGAAAGAGUCUUGAAAACGGUGAAAGGUAUACUGAACAAACUUACACCAGAGAAAUUCGAUCUUUUAAAGGGUCAACUAAUGGAAGCUGGAAUUACUACUGCUGAUAUAUUGAAGGAUGUUAUAUCUCUCAUAUUUGAGAAGGCAGUUUUUGAGCCCACUUUCUGUCCAAUGUAUGCUCAACUUUGUUCUGAUCUCAAUGAAAAGCUUCCGACAUUCCCUUCUGAAGAGCCAGGUGGCAAAGAGAUCACAUUCAAGCGCGUGAUAUUGAACAAUUGUCAGGAAGCCUUUGAAGGUGCUAGCAACUUAAGAGCUGAGAUUUCUAAAUUAACUGGCCCUGACCAAGGGAUGGAAAGAAGAGACAAAGAACGGUUGGUCAAACUUAGAACACUUGGAAAUAUUCGGCUAAUUGGUGAGCUACUCAAGCAAAAAAUGGUUCCUGAGAAGAUAGUUCAUCACAUUGUUAUGGAGCUAUUGGGGUCUGGGACUGAUAAAAAACCAUGCCCUGAAGAGGAAGAUGUUGAGGCUAUCUGUCAUUUCUUCAAUACGAUUGGUAAACAGCUUGACGAGAACACAAAGUCUCGGCGGAUCAAUGACACAUACUUCAUCCAGAUGAAGGAGCUAACAAUGAAUCCCCAGCUUGCACCACGUUUGAGGUUUAUGGUUCGUGAUGUGAUUGAUCUCCGGUCAAAUAACUGGGUGCCUCGACGUGAGGAGAUUAAGGCCAAGACAAUCAGUGAAAUUCACUCUGAGGCAGAAAAGAAUCUUGGAUUACGUCCUGGAGCAGCAUCUGUCAUUAGGAAUGGCCGUAGCUCACCAGGAGGGCCACUUUCACCUGGAGGGGGAUUUCCAAUGAAUCGGCCAGGAACUGGAGGCAUGAUGCCUGGGAUGCCUGGUUCAAGAAAGAUGCCUGGAAUGCCUGGUUUGGACAAUGAUAACUGGGAAGUUCCCCGUUCUAAAUCAAUGCCAAGAGGUGACUCGAUUCGCAACCAGGGAUUGUUGCUUAAUAAACCAUCAACAGUUCACAAGACAUCAUCUAUUAACACGAGGCUUCUUCCUCAAGGCAGUGGUGCGGCACUAAUAGGCAAGAGUGCACUUUUGGGAACCGGUGUCUCAGCAUCUCGUCCUCUCAGCUUUACGCCUGGGCCCACACCAGCUCAAACUACACCAAAACCAAUACGUGCAGCACCAGCUGUUGUCCCUGCUCCUGAUAAACAGGCCAGUGCUCCCAAGGGGAACACUGCUGAGCUUCAGAAGAAAACAAUAGCUCUUCUUGAGGAGUAUUUUGGCAUACGUAUUUUAGAUGAAGCCCAUCAAUGUAUCGUGGAGCUGCAGAGUCCUGAUUACUACCCAGAAAUUGUUAAAGAAGCUGUCAAUCUUGCCCUAGAUAAAGGCACCAAUUUUGUUGAUCCUCUUGUUAGGCUACUGGAGCAUUUGUACACAAAGAAAAUUUUCAAGACUCAAGACCUGGAAUCCGGUUGCUUGUUAUAUGGUACUCUGCUGGAUGACAUUGGCAUUGACCUUCCUAAAGCUCCAGCACAAUUUGGUGAGAUCAUUGCUCGCCUGACUUUGUUGGGUGCCUUGAGAUUUGAAGCUCUGGAGGUUAUUUUAAAGAAAAUGGAGGAUACCUACAACCGCAAAGCAGUUUCUAAUGCUUUCAUGAAAACCUUGGAAGCAAACCCAUCAGGUCAGGCUAUCUUAGGCUCACCUGCUGCUGCUGCAGUAAUAGACGCUUGCAACAGCCUUUUGGAAUAAUCUUCCUAGCAGCUUUGGCCUAUCAACCUUUUCAGAUUCUGUAUCUUGCGAAAGACGGUCUCGUGUACUCUCUAUAGUUUAGGUGUCAAGGAAUUGAGGAACAGACAAUUUUGAGCUGUAUAAUUUUGCGAGAUCAGAUGAGUGUUGAUUGUUAUUGUUUCGGCCAAGAAGGAAAGAAAGAAGCCAUGAAUUUUGGUCUUGGGCGACCAACUUAAUUUGCAGGAGUCCUAGAUGAACAAGGCUAAAUAUGUUGUUACUAUGUCCACCUAAAAUGUUGUUAGUUAUUUUCCUGUGACUACACAUUUUUGUAACGUUGUACUAUGAUUUUGGAAUGUUUUAUUGGGUACAAUAUAUUGUGUUAUUUAGGAGUCAAAACUAUCUCUAGGUCCUGGUUUACCCUGUUGCUGCCGUGAUGUUGGCUCCCUAAUUCCUUUGGGCGACUUAGCGUAUGUUGGCUCCAAUUCGUUUGGGCUUUGUAUUUCCAUGCUGUUUGACUGGAUAUUUGAUGGGUCUCUUUGUUUGGGUUUGUUCA